CCGUCCAGCUGAUCCGCGUUCAUUUAGACAGACAGGCAGUGUGAGCUGAAGAUCUGCAGAGUGACUUUCGGUGAAAUUUCAGUUUCACAGCUUCUAAAUCCACAGUUUUCAAAAGAAUCUGGCUGGUUGAGGAGCUUCAGCUUCUCUGGACAUAGUGGAAUUUUGUAUUUAUGUCCUAAAAUGCAGAGAAACUUCUCGGAUUUGACCUCGUCCUCCAUGACAUGCUGACGUCCACCAGUGCUGAGGAUUUGUAUGUUCUUAUCCUGGAGAUGUAAAUUAUUUUUACAUUUUUGGGGGGAUUUAUAUAUUUUUUAUCUGGAUCUUCUUAUGUCUGGAUGAUGACCAUCUUCAGCUUUACCUGAACAAAAACCAUGGAGGCAACAAAGGUCUUAAUUUGUCUUCUUUUCAUCUGCCGUAACGUCCUGUGUGAGCUGUCCCUCUUCACCCUGCUGCAGAGGUACUGUGAAGCCCUGUCCGUCCUUCAUAACGUCACAGGGCUCUACUGUAAUGCCACCACGGAUGAGAUUGGAACCUGCUGGCCCAGGAGUAGUUCCGGUCGGAUUGUGGAGCGUCCGUGUCCGGAGUACAUUAACGGAGUGAAGUACAACACCACCAGGAGCGCCUACCGAGAAUGCCUGGAGAACGGAACAUGGGCUUUCAAGAUCAACUACUCCAGCUGUGAACCCAUUUUAGAGGAAAAGAGGAAGUACCCGAUGCACUACAAAAUCGCGCUCAUCAUUAACUACCUGGGACACUGCAUAUCAGUGGGAGCUCUCGUUGUGGCCUUCAUCCUGUUCCUGUGCUUAAGGAGCAUCCGGUGCCUUCGCAACGUCAUUCACUGGAAUUUAAUCACCACCUUCAUCCUGAGGAACGUGAUGUGGUUCCUACUGCAGCUGAUCGACCACAACAUCCACGAGAGGAACGAGCCCUGGUGUCGCCUCAUAACGACCAUCUACAAUUACUUCGUGGUGACAAAUUUUUUCUGGAUGUUUGUGGAGGGAUGUUAUCUGCACACGGCCAUCGUGAUGACCUACUCCACAGACAAGCUCCGCAAAUGGGUCUUCCUCUUCAUCGGAUGGUGUAUUCCGUGUCCGAUAAUCGUGGCGUGGGCGAUUGGAAAACUCUACAAUGAAAACGAGCAAUGCUGGUUUGGAAAAGAACCUGGGAAAUAUAUCGACUACAUUUACCAGGGCCCGGUAAUUGUUGUUCUUUUGAUUAACUUUGUGUUCCUCUUCAACAUCGUGCGGAUCCUCAUGACGAAGUUACGAGCGUCCACCACAUCCGAAACCAUUCAGUACAGAAAAGCUGUGAAGGCAACGUUAGUGCUGCUGCCUCUGCUGGGAAUCACGUACAUGCUGUUCUUUGUGAAUCCAGGGGAGGACGACAUCUCUCAGAUCGUCUUUAUUUAUUUCAACUCUUUCCUUCAGUCCUUUCAGGGCUUUUUCGUCUCGGUCUUCUACUGCUUCCUGAACGGAGAGAUACGGUCUGCAGCGAGGAAGCGGUGGCACCGCUGGCAGGAUAACCACACCCUGCGGGUUCGAGUGGCGCGAGCCAUGUCCAUCCCCACGUCCCCCACCCGCAUCAGCUUCCACAGCAUCAAACACACCACCGCCGUCUGACACACACACACACACACACACGUACA